AUGGUUCAUAAGUGACAUCUGAAAUAGUUGUGUAAAUAAGUCAUCAAAUAAAUUGGAAAAUACCAAAAAAAGUUUAAUAUAACCCCAACUAGAGCUUUUAGUGCUUUUAACUCAUGAUUUUUAUACAUUGGUUAUUUAGUUUUAUGAAGUAACAGUUUUUAUACAUUAUAUUUAUACAAAAGUUCCAAUUAUACAAGAAACUAAAAAAUGGCCGAGGAAACAAAUCUACCCAAUUCCGAAAAUUUAAAUACGAAAAAUGGAAAUUUUAUUUGUGGAGUAGUUGAAGGUUUUUAUGGAAGACCAUGGACAACAGAACAGAGGAAGGAUCUCUUUCAAAAAAUGAAAAAAUGGAAUAUGAAUUCAUAUGUAUAUGCACCAAAAGAUGAUUACAAACAUCGUGCUUACUGGAGAGAACUGUACACAGUAGAAGAAGCAGAACAUUUGACUAGCCUUAUUCAAGCAGCAAAAGAUCAAAAUAUUAUUUUUUAUUAUGCAUUGUCUCCUGGCUUGGAUAUAACCUACAGUAGUUCUAAAGAAGUGGCAGCUCUGAGAAGGAAACUGGAACAAGUGUCUCAAUUUGGUUGUCAUGCUUUUGCAUUGUUGUUUGAUGAUAUUGAACCAGAAAUGUCAGAAGCUGAUAAAGAAAUAUUCCAAUCUUUUGCCCAAGCACAAGUAUCAGUUACAAAUGAAUGUUUUCAACACUUAGGUCAACCCAAAUUUUUACUUUGCCCAACUCAAUAUUGUUCUACUAGAGCUGUGCCUAACGUCACAAAUUCAGAAUAUUUAAAUACCUUAGGAUCCAAAUUAGCACCAGAAAUAAACAUAAUGUGGACUGGACAAAAAGUAAUAUCUAGAAUAUUGACAAAAGAAAAUAUUCAGGAAGUAACAGAGGUAUUGCGAAGACCUCCAGUUAUUUGGGAUAAUCUACAUGCUAAUGAUUAUGACCAAAAAAGAGUAUUUCUUGGUCCUUACUCUGGUAGAUCUCCUGAUCUUAUUCCAAAAUUACGAGGUGUUCUUACUAAUCCUAAUUGUGAAUAUGGGGCCAAUUUUGUAGCUAUACAUACCUUAGCGCAAUGGUCUAGAUGUAAUGUAGAUGCUCAAAGGGAUCCUUCCAUACAUGAUACUGUGUCUGCUGAUAUAAAAUUAGAGACUGAGACUGAAGAUGGAUUAUCAGGCGAAGAUGUACCAUCAACACUAUCUCCAAAUAUGUAUCACCCGAGACAAGCUUUACGAAAUGCAAUAAAAGAUUGGCUGCCUGAAUUUGCUAAGCACAAGUCAGCUUGGGGUCCCAUUACCAAACCUCAGCCUGCAGUUGCUGUUGUUCCUGUGCCUAUAAUACCUUCAAUAAACACUUGUAUGAGUUUAACAUCUACUAGUACCACCACAUCGAGUAGCAAUACAGCUAUAGUAAAUUCAAAUCAAUUACAAGCAUUAGCUGAAGUGUGCAGUACAGUAUCUUGUACUGAUUCAAUUGUUAGUGCAGUUCCAGGUCCUGUUAUGAACUCUCUGGUAUCAGAGACAAAAGUUAUUUGUAAUGAAUCUAUUCCUAAUCCCAUUACACCUGUUUCAAUUCCUAUUCCAAUUGAUACAACUGAAUCUAAAACUGUCACUAUACUCAGUGGUACCAUAAUAAAACCAGAAAAGGGAAAAGUGGACCAUGAAACUACAGAAAACCCUGCUGAUGUCACAAAUCUCAAAGAUCCUAAGGAUGAAAGUACUAUGAACACAGAUACUAGUUUAAGUAAUGAGUCAAGCUUAAGUCCAUCAGAACCAAUGGAUUGCAAUAGCACCCCCAACAUAUCACCUGCACAUGGAAACAAAUGUACUAAUGGCUCUAAUGAAGAUGUUGCGAUGAGUGAGAAUUCUACUUUCAGUGGAAGCAUGCAGGUAGAUCCUAACCAAAUGGUCAUAGAAAAUAAUACUGAAAAUGAAAGCAAAGAGUCAACGUUGACAUAUGAAGACUUAGCCUUACUUUGUGAUCUAUUUUAUCUUCCAUUUGAACAUGGUGGACAGGCGUUACAACUAUUACAAGAAUUUAAUUGGUUAAAGUCGAAUGCACAUUUAAUUAUAGUGGCCAAUCAGAGGAAAGACAAAUCAAGUCCAGAGGUCCAUGAAUGGUUUACUAGAGCUGAAAAGUUGAACGAGAUGUCGCAAGCCAUGACUAGAUUGUUUGAACAUAUAUCAAGCUGUAACAAUCGAGAACUAUUGUAUGAUUUAUAUGCUUAUAUAUGGGAUAUGAGAGGUGUGAUAUCGUUGCUCAAUUCAUACAUCAAAUGGCUUGCUGGCGGUCAUUUUCCUCCAUCGAUGCCAUCGUAUACCCAGGGAACCUACACAUGGUUUUCGAAAGGAUGGAAAGAGACGUUUAUGAGUGGCGACCAAGAACCAUGGGUGUUCAGAGGUGGACUUACUGCCGAUCUACAGCGUCUAAUUCCUGUUGAUUCCGGGAACGAUCUCUUUAUAUAUAAAGUACCCGAAAUGCCCACCAAUCGAGUGUUCACUAUUCGACCAUACCUGCCUGCCGAUGAAGAAAUCGUGUAUAAUGUUUGCACAAAAACGUGUAAAGAUGGUCUCGAAGAUCCAAUACCUUAUCCUGAUAAACUUCGUCACCUUCAUGCUGAUAGAAUAGUAGGACCUUACGUAACUCUCCAUCCAGAAUUUUGUUUUGUUAUAGAAGACGAUUUGGGAAUUGUAGGAUAUGCUUGUGCUGCUCCAGACUAUAAGAAAUUUAGGAUAAAACAGGAGUUAGCUUGGAUACCAGAUAUGUGUGAAAAAUAUCCAAUGGAUUGUGGUAAAGAUCUUCAUAAAUUUGCACAGGAAUCCAUUGCAUACUUUCAUAAUUUCAAGGAUGAAAUUUAUGUUAACAGCCCUACACAUCCCUCCAGUAUGAUUUGUAGUUUAUUACCUUCCGUUUUAGACCAGUCUGUAAGUAAAAGAUUGGUUACUUGCAUAUUAGCAGCGUUAAGGGCAAAUGGGUCUUUUGGAGUUCAUGUUAUAAUUAACUCAUCAGACAGUUAUACACACGCAUUUUAUGGGAAAUUGGGAUUCGUGGAAAAUACCCAAGAAUCUAUUAAAGGAAAAAUUGUGAUGGGACGUACAUUUUAAACGUUAUUGAACUGAUGCAACAGUCUUUAUAUCACUUUAUUUCAAUUUAUAUAUGACUUUAUAUUAUAUUCUAUACAUAUUAAAUUAGUUUAUUGUCAGUAUUACAUGCUGUCAAUAAUUUUUGACGUAUUGUGUAAUAUGUGUAUUUUGUUAGUAAAACUGAUUUUAGAGCCUCAUACCAUUUCUGCUUUACCAUAAGUUCAUUAAUAGUUAUUUAUUAUAAAUAGAACAUAAUAUGUAUUAUUAUUAUGAAUUUUUAUUAAGCUCCGCCUGUUUGCAUUGAGAUUUUUAAAAUAUAUGCUUAAUUUUAUUACAAAUAGUGCCUGUAUCUAUAUAAAUAUUAAAAUUGAAAACAUGUUGCAAGACAUAUUUUUUAUUAUUGUUAAUUUUUAAUGUACUAGGUGAUUCAAAGCAAGUACUAAUUUUCUAAUCUUCCUGAAAUAGAUGGCUGAAAUUUAUUUAUAAUUAUAUACACCAAUCUGAUUAUUUAUACACAUAUUGCACCAUACAGUAUUUAUAUUAUGAGAUUCCGAUCAAUUUUUAUCUAACAGCUUUCAAUUUCUUUUUUCCUUAUAUUCACUAUGUGAUUUAAAAACGCUUUGAAAAAAAUUAUUUAUUCAAUUUUCAUAAUACUGUACAUUAAGUUAAUUUAGUAAAUUAUUGAACAUA